GAGCUCAGGAAUGUGAGCGUCACUGUGUGAACGUCUCCUCUGACAGGAGCGUCUCUCUUCAGCCUCUGGUCUGUGUAGUCAUACACUGUAGUGAGACAUUGUAGUGAGACAUUGUAGUGAGACAUUGUAGUGAGACAUUGAGAGUCUUUGUCUCCUGUCCCCCCGCAGCUCUCGGACUAACGUCUCCGGAGCGAUGAAGGACGCCGUGUAGCCCGCUGAGGACACCCGUCCCCGGGGUCGCCAUGGCCUCUGUCACCGUCGGCUCGGCGGCGCAGAGCCUGGAGAAGCACCGCCGGUCCUUCUCGCUGCUCUUCUACCGGGCUGUGCGGGACCUGAAGCCGGUCUGGAUGCUGGAGGACAUGAGGACCAUGGAGGCGUUUCACCAGGAGGAGGACGCAGGGUGCUCCAGGACGUACAGCCCGUCGGAGGCGCUGCUUUACGCAAUAGUCCACGACCACCAGCUUUACGCACGGCAUCUUCUCAGCCGGUACAUGGAGGAGGCUCUGGCCAGGCCCGGGGAUCGCUUCUGCUGCUGCCCUUCACCUGCAGCUCCUCACCUGGCCAUGGCUGUGCGCUACGACCGGCUCUACAUCCUCAGCCUCAUCCUGCAGGAGACGCACCGGACAACCAGUGCAUCCUCCUCAUCCUCAUCCACCUCAUCCACCUCCUCCUGCAUGGACAGAUCUGGGUGCUUCCACCUGGAGGAUGGCAGAAGCCCUCUGCAUCUGGCCUGCGAGCUCCUGCGACCUGAGGCGGUGUUCAUGCUGCUGGGGAGCGGUUCCUGCCCUCUCACCCCCGACCGAGAUGGCCUGACGCCUCUGGAUGUCAUCUUGGAGAAGCUCCAGACGCACGGAGCGCAGACGCAGAGCAGGAGGCAGUGUCUGGACAACCUGCUCAUGUUCAUGCCCAAGGUGGACUUCAAGAUGAAGGGGCCUCUGUGCAGGGAGCCGGAGCUCUGGAGCGAUCUGCUGGGAGAGGAGACCUACAAGUACCUGGUGGAGAGGAGACCGGCUCCACUGGUGCUCACCGCCAUGCAGACCGUCCUGAGGCAGCUGAGCCCGGCCACCUUCCCGGACAGCCUGCAGGAGCUGCCCAUCCCCUCCUCCCUCAAACCACCGGGCCUUCCUGUGAGCCAGAAGGUGGUGGUGUAGCCUCAGUGUGACAUUGAUGCAUGCUCCACUAUUUUAGCAUGAUGUGUGUGUGUGUGUGUGUGUGUGUGGCUACAAAAAGGUAACACUUCAUUAUAGGGCUGCACAAAUAAACACAAUCAGGGAACAGAUGAAUGAAUCUUAUCUACAGAGGUGACUUCAUCACACUGAUCUAAUUAACUGCAUGCUGAUUGUAGUGUAGCAGUGAAAUAACCAGGGAAUAAACAGCCAUAUUUUUAUUUUUUUACACUAAUCCAGGCAUUAAUAAGCAGUUUAUUUGUCUAACCUCGUGCUAAAGUGUUACCUACUAAUACUACUAAUGUUUAAGCCACUGUGUCCUAUCAGGAGUAGACCAACUCUGAUGACGGUCUACUGUGUUACUGUUGAUUUCUAAUUUAUUUGGGUUUUAUUUGAUUGUAAUGUUUGAGAACGUGAUCUUAUAGAUCAUUAAAGAACAGUCAGGUGACUAAAAAAAACAAAC